UUUAGUUUCAUAGUGAUGAAACUGAAUCUCACCACUGGGAUUAUUCCUUCCCUCAACGUCUCUGCUGGUCUUUUGGGUUUCUUCUUCGUCAAGACAUGGACAAAGUUGUUGGAAAAGUCUGGCAUGUUGAGACAACCAUUUACUAGACAGGAAAACACAGUCAUUCAGACCUGUGUUGUCGCUUCCUCUGGCAUUGCCUUUAGUGGAGGUUUUGGAAGCUACCUCUUUGGAAUGAGUGAACGUAUAGCCAAUCAAACUUUAGACAAGAGUGACUUCAAAAACCCUUCAUUAGGAUGGAUUAUUGGGUUUCUCUUUGUUGUCAGCUUUAUUGGCCUUUUCUCAGUUGUACCUUUGAGGAAGAUUAUGAUUAUUAACUUCAAUUUGACAUAUCCAAGUGGUACUGCAACUGCUCAUCUCAUCAACAGCUUCCACACUCCUGAAGGAGUCAGACUAGCAAAGAAGCAAGUAAAAGUAUUGGGAAAAUUCUUCAGUCUCAGUUUCCUAUGGGGUUUUUUCCAAUGGUUCUAUACUGCUACUGAUCAAUGUGGAUUUCAAGCCUUCCCUUCUCUAGGCCUCAAAGCAUAUCAGUACAAGUUUUAUUUUGAUUUCUCUUCAAUCUAUGUUGGAGUAGGAAUGAUUUGCCCAUAUAUCAUAAAUGUAUCAGUGCUCCUUGGAGGAAUUCUUUCUUGGGGAAUAAUGUGGCCUCUCAUAGAAAAGAAAGAAGGCCAGUGGUACCCCCCCAACCUUGAUGAUACUGACAUGAAUGGCCUUCAAGGUUACAAGGUAUUUAUAGGCAUAUCAUUGAUCCUAGGAGAUGGUUUAUAUAACUUAUUCAAGGUUCUAGGUCAUACUCUUAUUGGUAUCUACAAACAAAUCAGAGACAAACGAAGAGAGAAUGUUCUUCCUGUUGCAGAUCAGAACUCACCCUCACCUACACAACUUUCCUAUGAUGAUCAACGUCGAAUCGAAUUCUUUCUCAAAGAUCAAAUACCCUCAUAUUUUGUAGUUGGAGGCUAUGUGGCAAUUUCUGUAGUCUCCAUGAUCACAGUCCCACACAUCUUUCCCCAACUGAAAUGGUACUACAUACUGGUGAUCUACCUGUUUGCUCCUGCAUUGGCAUUCUGUAAUGCUUAUGGAUGUGGACUAACGGACUGGUCUCUAGCAUCCGCUUAUGGAAAGCUAGCCAUCUUCGCCAUUGGAGCUUGGGCCAGUUCCUCACAUGGUGGCAUUCUAGCUGGGCUAGCAGCCUGUGGAGUGCUGAUGAACAUAGUCUCCACAGCCUCUGACUUGAUGCAGGAUUUCAAGACAGGCUACCUCACACUGUCAUCACCUAGGUCUAUGUUUUUCAGCCAAAUUAUAGGCACAACAAUGGGUUGUGUGAUCUCUCCUUGUGUUUUCUGGGUCUUUUACAAGGCUUUUAAAGACCUUGGCACACCCCAUAGUGAGUAUCCUGCUCCUUAUGCUAUAGUGUACAGAAACAUGGCCAUGUUGGGUGUAGAAGGUUUCUCUUCUCUUCCAAAGCACUGUCUUUUGUUUUGCUAUAUUUUCUUUGUUUCUGCCAUUGUGAUAAACUUGAUUAAAGACUUGAUGGGUAAGAGAGGUUGGUUCAUACCACUUCCCAUGGCCAUGGCCAUUCCAUUCUAUAUAGGGCCAUACUUCGCCAUUGACAUGUGUGUUGGAAGUCUGAUACUGUUUGUGUGGGAGAAGAUGAACAAGGCUAAAGCAGAUGCUUUUGCUCCUGCGGUGGCUUCUGGGCUGAUAUGUGGGGAUGGGAUAUGGACUUUGCCUGCUUCAAUACUUGCUCUUGCUGGAGUUAAGCCACCUAUUUGCAUGAAGUUCUUGUCCAGGGCAACGAAUGCUAGGGUUGAUGCUUUCUUAGGUUCUUAGAGGUUUAGGUUUGGCUUCAAAUUAAUAUCUUGUU